ACACGUCCCCCGAUCUUAGCGGUUGACUCUACACACCGUGUGUCCUGCACGAUGGCGGACCCGACAAAGUCAGAGACAGAGCAAGUCUUCAAAGUGCUGAAGGGGCAGAAAGGAAACAAGAUGUGUUUCGACUGUCAUGCCCGCAAUCCGACAUGGGCGAGCGUGACUUUCGGCAUCUACAUCUGUCUCGAAUGCUCGAGCAUUCACAGAAACAUGGGUGUGCACAUCAGCUUCGUCCGAUCGACGAAUCUAGACAGUUGGCAGUGGAAUCAACUGAGAACAAUGAAGGUCGGAGGAAAUGCAUCUGCCACGGAAUUCUUCUCCAAACACGGUGGCGCCACGCUGCUCAACGAUUCUGAUACCAAAAAGAAAUAUUCCAGUCGAGUCGCCGAGCUGUACAAGGAGGAGCUGACGAAACGCGUCAGGGAGGACGCCGCCAAAUUCCCUGAUAAGGUCGUCGUGGACGGAGUUGCUGAAACGGCCGCAACACCAACUGCACAGGAUGGCGCCGAUGACGACUUCUUCUCAUCCUGGAACAAACCCGCUACCCCAAAGUCACCUUCCUUCACCUCCUCGAAGCCCACAACGCCACCCGUGAUCGGUCGGGCAUCGAGCACACCGCCGCUCUCUGAGAACGCACCAGUCUCGCCGCGGACUAUCAGCUCAUCCUCACUCCGCUCCGCGUCCUCGACUAGUACAGCGUCCCGACCGGUCUCUAAGCUCGGUGCCUCGCGGCUGACGUCCUCCUCCACGGUGGUGACCAUGACCAGCACCACCUCCGCGCCGAAGAAGUCGAAGCUCGGCGGGCUCGGCGCAAAGAAAGCUGCCCCGCUGGACUUUGCGGAGGCCGAGAAGCGCGCAACGGAGGAAGCGGAGCGGAUCAAGCAGCUGGGCUAUGAUCGCGAGAGGGAGAAGACGGAGGAGGAGGAGCGGGUGCGAAAGGAGGCGGAGGUGUCUGUUGCGAGUGUGAAGGCGAAAGCUACUGCGAAAGUUGUACCUGCAUCGCCGGCGGAGCUCCAGCCGAAGGGCAGCGCGCACGAUAUGGAGAGGUUGGGCAUGGGCAUGAAGAGGCUCGGGUUCGGCGCUGUCCCCGCGGUGGCUACCUCAGCAAAAUCAAGUGCGGCUGCCGAGGAGGACGCGCCGACGUACGCGCGCGAGAAGUUCGGCAAGCAGAAGGCGAUUUCGUCGGACAUGUAUUUCGGGCGGAACGCGUACGACCCCGCCGCGGUCACCGAAGCGCAGACGCGGUUGCAGUCCUUCCAGGGCGCCUCAUCCAUCUCGUCGAACCAGUACUUCGGGCGUGAGGAGGAGGAAGAGCUUGGCCCCGCAGCGGACGGAGGAUUGCUGGGCGAUGGCACGCUGUCCGGCCUGGAGGUGGCGGCGAAGGACGCGAUUCAGAGGGUGCUUGCGAACCCAGAUGUGCAGAAUGUCGGAGAGAGCAUCAGGACGGGUGCCCUUAAGCUCUCGGACUAUUUGGCGCAGAUAUCCGAGCGGUAG